ACUCCAAAUUCCCCUAACAGUCAGAGUUUCUCUCUCAUUGGUCCUCCUCUUCUUCUUCUGCUGUCUUUAAAAAAAGUUUGCUUUUGGUCUGAUCACUGGUCUGUGUCUGUGUCUGUCUCUGGAUUUUUUCCUCCUGGCUGAGUUUGGACUGAACCAUGGAGCUGUCGGAUAUCUCUUUCCCCCUCCCCUCCGCAGAUGAUUUCUAUGACGACCCCUGCUUCAACACCAGCGACAUGCACUUCUUCGAGGACCUGGACCCGCGGCUGGUCCAUGUGGGCCUGCUGAAGCCGGACGACUCCUCCUCUUCACCCUCUCCCUCCCCUUCCUCCUGCUCCUCUUCCUCGCCGUCCUCUCUCCUGCACCUCCAUCACCACGGCGAGGGGGAGGACGACGAGCACGUCCGGGCACCGAGCGGGCACCACCAGGCGGGCCGCUGCCUGCUCUGGGCCUGCAAGGCCUGCAAGAGGAAGACCACCAACGCGGACCGAAGGAAGGCGGCCACGAUGCGCGAGCGCCGGCGGCUCAGUAAGGUGAACGACGCCUUCGAGACCCUGAAGCGCUGCACCACCGCCAACCCCAACCAGAGGCUGCCCAAAGUGGAGAUCCUCCGCAACGCCAUCAGCUACAUCGAGUCCCUGCAGGCGCUGCUGCGCGGCGGACAGGACGACGGCUACUACCCGGUGCUGGAGCACUACAGCGGGGACUCUGACGCCUCUAGCCCCCGCUCCAACUGCUCCGACGGCAUGGCGGACUUCAAUGCGCCGAGCUGUCAGUCCAACAGAAGAAGAAGUUAUGAGAGCAGCUCUUAUUUCUCAGAGACGCCAAAAGGCGGUCUGAAGAGCGAGAGGAGCUCGGUGGUCUCCAGUCUCGACUGCCUGUCCAGCAUCGUGGAGCGGAUCUCCACCGAGAGCAGCAGCAGCGGCGGCACCCUCCUGCCCGCCGCCGACAGCUCCGGCUCCACGCCCACAGACCCCGCAGGAGACGCAGCUGCUCCGGGAUCCGUCCAGAUCCCCUCCCCGACCGCCAACCAGGACCCCAACCUGAUCUACCAAGUCCUAUAGACCCUCACACCUGGGACGUUUGCACCAACAACACACUGUACAGUCGUUAAAACACACACACAAGUUUAAAGUUAUUGUUUUAAUUUAUCGAGCUGAACUGAGACUUCACUUCCUGUUUGCAUCGGCAGAAGAGGCUUAUAGCGUCACCUCUCCUCGCCUGUUCUUCGUCCUCAAGCUGAAAUAUGGAAGAUCAAUCCUGCCAAAAAAAUAACAGUCAAAAAACAUCUUAUGACCUUAAACAUUUUAACACAUUUUAAGGGCCUUUGUAAAAAAAAGUCCAAACUAGAAGAGUUUGUUUUAAAAAUCAGCUGGUGAUAUUUAGUAUUUUAUCUUAAUGUUUUUAGUCUUAAAUCAGCAGCUUUAAAACUAAAACUUAAUUAAAUUAUGAAAUAAAUAAAAUAACGAGUGUAACACAUGCUUUAUUUCAGGAUUAAAUUGUUGGAUUUUUUUUGUCGGUCAAUUUAAAAAUAACUCAGUCGGCAAACCAUCCAGCCAAAGUUACUAUUGUGAUUUUGAGAAAGUACGGAAGCCCUAAUUGGACACUCAUCCAUACAUAUUAUUUUACACUUUCCCGAUGAUGAGAUCAAAUAACCGUUAUUUAUCCCAGAAUGGAGAAGUGUACAGCAUUUCCGCAGUAACAGAGCCCAGAUGACUAUUAACCAGAUGAGAGUUGAUAACACGUUAUAUACCCCGUCAUCGCGAGAUUGCAACGCUGGCUUUCCCCUGACACAGACUUAGUUUUUCAAGAUGUUGUUGUGACAGAGAAACCCACAAAUAAACGAGUCGAGAUCUCAAAAAAGCAACCGAAAUGUUCUCCUUAUCAAAAAAAGUAGCGAUGCAUGUCCUCAUCGGGCUUCUGUAGAAACGUUCAAUUUCCUAUAAUUAUCAUUCCAAUUUUUUUUUUUCAAAUUUCUGGCAUAAAUGACCUUCCAUACAUUCAGCAGAUUUAAACCCUCAGAUUUUCUUUUUUUAUCUGCUGUGUUUUGUAGUUUGGACAAAACCACUUGCAUGCUGGGAAAUGUAGUUCCUCUACAUUAUAACAGCGUUACUCACAACGAGUAUUGAUCAGUUCAGUUCCUGCUGUAUUUUAUUUUUUAUUCUUUAUUUAAAUUAUGAAAAGUCGUAUUUAAAGAAGCCGAGUCGUUCAGGUGGAUUGUCUUCCUGUUUGUGUUUCUGGUUUAUUCGAUUAAGUACGGAGGCCCAAAAAGGACAAAAAAACAUCCACUUACAUUCCUCCACGUUCGUCCAUUUGAAGUCUGAAAAGCCCCAGCUGUUCAAUUCCCUCAGGACAAGAAACAAUACUAACACAAGUACUUAAACCACAUUAAUAAUAAUAAUUAACCACAUGUAAAAAAAACAAAAGUAAAGGUUCAGACCUCCAAGUCAAACUUAAAAUAAUCUCAGUGUAGUUUUCACUCACUGCAGCGGAGGACCAUUUUUCUGUUUGUGUACAUAUUCUGUAAAUAAGAGGCGAUUUGUUCCAAGUGAAAAGUGUUAAUUAUGUAUUUAAUG